AUCCGCAGUGAAGGAGAACUGCUUCGGGUCGAGGGGAGGAGGAAGUGCACUGCUGACUGCAACGUGCUGCCUGCUCCCAGGAUGGAGGAGUGAAGUCUCGCGUCGUAGCGGUUCCAGCCCCCGGAGCCUGCCCGCAGCCGAGUCCUCGAGAGCGCCCUGAGGAAGCAGGGUGGCCACCUGGUCCAGGAAUGUUUACCCUUGCGGAAGUUGCUUCGCUUAAUGACAUUCAGCCAACUUACCGAAUUCUGAAGCCAUGGUGGGACGUGUUUAUGGAUUACCUGGCGGUUGUUAUGCUGAUGGUAGCCAUCUUUGCAGGGACCAUGCAACUUACCAAAGAUCAGGUGGUCUGUUUGCCAGUGUUGCCGUCACCUGCAAAUUCAAAGGCGCACACUCCACCUGGGAAUGCUGACGUCACCACCGAAGUCCCCAAGAUGGAAACAGCCACACACCAAGACCAAAACGGGCAGACGACGAAUGACAUUGCCUUUGGCACACCUGCUGUGACGCCUGACAUACCUCUCCAAGCCACCCAUCCACACACAGAGUCGACCUUCCCCAGUCAGGAGGCGAAGAAGGAGAAGAGAGACCCAACGGGCCGAAAAACCAACUUGGAUUUUCAGCAGUAUGUGUUUAUCAAUCAGAUGUGUUACCAUCUGGCCCUUCCUUGGUAUUCCAAGUACUUUCCAUACCUUGCCCUUAUACACACCAUCAUCCUUAUGGUCAGUAGCAACUUUUGGUUCAAAUAUCCCAAAACAUGCUCCAAGGUUGAGCAUUUUGUUUCAAUAUUAGGAAAGUGUUUUGAAUCUCCCUGGACUACUAAAGCGCUGUCAGAGACAGCCUGUGAAGACUCUGAGGAGAACAAACAGCGGAUAACCGGCGCCCAGACCCUACCAAAGCACGUGUCCACCAGCAGCGAUGAGGGGAGUCCCAGCGCCAGCACCCCCAUGAUCAACAAAACAGGCUUCAAGUUCUCAGCAGAGAAACCGGUGAUCGAAGUUCCCAGCAUGACUAUUCUGGACAAGAAAGACGGGGAGCAGGCCAAAGCCCUGUUUGAGAAAGUGAGGAAAUUCCGUGCUCAUGUGGAAGACAGUGACUUGAUCUAUAAGCUCUACGUGGUCCAAACGCUCAUCAAAACUGCCAAGUUCAUUUUUAUCCUUUGCUACACUGCAAACUUUGUCAACGCCAUCAGCUUCGAGCACGUCUGCAAGCCAAAAGUCGAGCACCUCACAGGGUACGAGGUGUUCGAGUGCACUCACAAUAUGGCCUACAUGUUGAAGAAGCUUCUCAUCAGUUACAUCUCCAUCAUCUGUGUCUAUGGCUUUAUCUGCCUCUACACUCUCUUCUGGUUAUUCAGGAUUCCUCUGAAGGAGUAUUCCUUUGAGAAAGUCCGAGAAGAGAGCAGCUUCAGUGACAUACCGGAUGUCAAGAACGACUUUGCGUUCCUCCUGCACAUGGUCGACCAAUACGACCAGCUCUACUCCAAGCGUUUCGGUGUGUUCUUAUCUGAAGUCAGUGAAAACAAACUGAGGGAGAUUAGCCUGAACCACGAGUGGACUUUUGAGAAACUCAGGCAGCACGUGUCUCGAAAUGCCCAGGACAAGCAGGAGCUGCACCUGUUCAUGCUGUCGGGGGUGCCCGAUGCCGUCUUUGACCUCACAGACCUGGAUGUGCUAAAACUUGAACUGAUUCCCGAAGCAAAAAUUCCUGCCAAGAUCUCUCAGAUGACUAACCUCCAAGAGCUCCACCUCUGCCACUGCCCUGCAAAGGUGGAACAGACUGCCUUUAGCUUCCUUCGAGAUCACUUGAGAUGCCUUCAUGUGAAGUUCACUGAUGUGGCUGAAAUCCCCGCCUGGGUGUAUUUGCUCAAAAACCUGCGGGAGCUCUACUUAAUAGGCAAUUUGAACUCAGAGAACAAUAAGAUGAUCGGACUCGAGUCUCUGCGAGAGCUGCGGCACCUCAAGAUCCUGCACGUGAAGAGUAACCUGACCAAAGUUCCCUCCAACAUAACCGACGUGGCUCCGCACCUCACAAAGCUCGUCAUCCACAACGACGGCACCAAGCUCUUGGUACUGAACAGCCUGAAGAAGAUGAUGAAUGUCGCCGAGCUGGAGCUGCAGAACUGUGAGCUAGAGAGAAUUCCGCACGCCAUUUUCAGCCUCUCCAAUCUGCAGGAACUGGACUUAAAGUCAAACAACAUCCGCACGAUUGAGGAGAUCAUCAGUUUCCAACAUCUGAAGCGACUGACUUGCUUAAAAUUAUGGCACAAUAAAAUUGUGGCCAUUCCUCCCUCCAUUACCCACGUCAAGAACCUGGAGUCCCUCUACUUCUCCAACAACAAGCUCGAGUCCUUACCGGUGGCAGUGUUUAGUUUACAGAAACUUAGAUGCUUAGACGUCAGCUAUAACAACAUUUCCACGAUCCCCAUAGAGAUAGGUUUGCUCCAGAACCUGCAGCAUUUGCACAUCACAGGGAACAAGGUGGACAUUCUGCCAAAACAGUUGUUUAAGUGUGUGAAGUUGAGGACUUUGAACCUGGGGCAGAACUGUAUCGCCUCCCUGCCUGAGAAAAUCAGUCAGCUGUCCCAGCUCACUCAGCUGGAGCUGAAGGGCAACUGCCUAGACCGCCUGCCAGCCCAGCUGGGCCAUUGUCGAAUGCUCAAGAAAAGCGGGCUUGUUGUAGAAGACCAACUGUUUGACACCCUGCCACUAGACGUCAAAGAGGCUUUGAAUCAAGAUGUAAAUGUCCCCUUUGCAAAUGGGAUUUGAACUCAGCGAAUGCAGGCACCUCCACGUGCGAGGGACACCUUCCUAGAUUGCAGAUGCUCACUUGCAAGUUAUUACAAGAUAACGCAUUUUUAGGAGUAGAUGAGCCCUUUAAACAGGACACGAUGCACAGAGGCUGGCAGCAGACGAAACCGAAUGUUCAAUGUUUGUAGCGUUUGAAGUCAUUCAUUUCCAAAUCUUUUCUUUACUUUUUGGUUUGCUGGGGGUUUUGUUUUGGUUUGGUUUUUGUUUUUCUUUUGGGGAAAGGGAAGGAAAAAUCACAAUCACUGAUCUCAGUUCUUUUUAAAAUUGUAAGUUGGAUGCGGCUGCUGGCUAAAUGUUUACACACUGCUUGCCUGCUAAAGUAAAUGAUUAAAUUGACUUUCUUCUUACUACAUUGUGGGUUUUUUUUUUUUUUUUUUUUUUUUUUUUUUUUUUUUUUUUUUUUUGAGGUGUCGUGAUUUAUUUUUGCUUAACUGGUGCAAUAUUGCUUAACCUUGGAUCGCUGAAGACACAAGGGGCCAAACUCAUACAUUUAGAUUUGCUAAAAUAUUGACUUAUUUACUGUUUUAACUUAAAGCAAGUGACUGGAGUGCUUUCUGGAGCAUUUGAUGGUACUGUACCUCUGGGAAUCCUACAGCAGACUUACAGUCUUGACAGCCUGGAAUGAAGUAGACUGUGUGGCGUGUCAAGACUCUUUGGUUGUUUCCUAAAACAAAUGCUAAAAAUAAAACAAUAGAUCCUUUAAUGGUCACUUUAUGUGCAUAGGCUGGAGUUUUGGUUAUACAUGGCACACUUUUGGGCCAAUAUAAUAGGAUUUCCAAUGAAUAGAAAUGUGUUUUAAAAAUAAAUUUAUAACAAUAAAAUAAGUUUAUCUAAA